UGGAAGCCACCGAGAAAGGACCUGCGGAGGAGACUCAAUGAGCCGCCCCAAAGGGAAGCCCCUGCCCCCCGGCGAGGAGGAGCGCAACAACGUCCUCAAGCAGAUGAAGGUGCGGACCACGCUGAAGGGGGACAAGAGCUGGAUUGUCAAGCACGACGAGUCAGAGGGGCACACCAUAGAACUGCCUUCCAGCCGGAGCCGCGCCACCUCCUUUUCAUCCCCUGGGGAGGUCCAGAAGGCCAGGCCUCCGAACACACGAGCUCCCACGGGCUACAUCAUCAGGGGAGUGUUCACCAAGCCCGUCGACAGCUCAUCCCAGCCCCAGCAGCUCUUCCCCAAAGCCAAUGGAGUGCCUAAAAGUGCCACUGCCAGUGCGCUGAGAACGGCUAGUACGGGGCGUCCCUGGCCCUCGUCCUCCGGCUACAAGCUGACCACCGAGGAUUACAAGAAGCUGGCACCCUACAACGUCCGGCGCAGCUCAGCAGGGGCGGCCGAGGAAGAGGCGGUGCCCGUCUCGUCUGAUGAGCAGAAGAGGAGGUCCGAGGCAGCGAGCAGUGUGGUCAGGAAGACGGCUCCCCGGGAGCACUCCUAUGUCCUGUCAGCAGCCAAGAAGAGUGCUAGCAGCCCUACCCAGGAGCCACAGGCCCCAGUUAUCACUAAGCGGGUGGAGGUUGUGGACAAGGAUGCGCCUUCUGAGAAGAGCCGGGACCUACCUGCUCUGGCAAGAGCACUCCCUCCUCUCAACAGCGGGAGAGCAGAGGACAUCGUCUGCCUGCAGACCAUGACGCCCCCGGUGGGACUCUGCCUGGUGGCCCCAGACCUAGAAGGACCGAGGUCUCCCCCAGGUCACAGAGACAAGGAGGCUCCCAGCCCCAGAGAGCCCGAGAGGGACUUGGUUGGUGAGGAGGCCUUCAAGGCCCCUGACCUGGACUCUGAAAGGUGCAGCUCACAGCCGAGUGACAGCCACCUGGCAUCGGCAGCCCCAGGAGGCUGGGCUGGAGCAGACGGCGGCUCUGGGAGAGGAGGGCUGUGCUUGGCUGCUCCCUUUGCCCCUCUCCUGGAUGACCGGGGUGUGCAUGGCGCCAGCUCUCAGUGCCACGAGCCUGGACUCAUGGCCACCAGCUCCAGUGCACCUUCGGCCUCUGCUGGCCCAGCUGAAGGGAAGAGCAUGCAGCCCGAAGAUCUGGAGGACACCAAGGCAGAUGAGAAGGGUGCCUUCUCUGGGUAUGAAGAACAGAAAGACACCACCAAGCCCGGAGAGGCCUGGCAGGAAUGGCCCGCAGCCCUGAGAGGAAGUCAAGGAGAGCCAGCUGCCCCCAGUCCGCAGCCCACAGACACCAGCGGCCCGGAGGAGCCGAGCAGCCCCCGGAGACCCGAGCAGCUCAUUGAACUGGAGGGUCACUCUGGCAGUGCCUUCUCUGGGUAUGUAGAACAGAAAGACACCACCAAGGCCAGAGAGGCCUGGCAGGAAUGGCCCGCAGCCCUGAGAGGGAGUCAAGGAGAGCCAGCUGCCCCCAGUCCGCAGCCCACAGAUGACAGCGGCCCCGAGGGACCGAGCAGCCCCCGAGUACCCGAGCAGCUCAUUGAACUGGAGGGCCACUCUAGCAGCAAAGGCCGCCUCUUCCUGAAGGAGUGCGCGGACGCCGGCGAGGUCUCUUCUGGGAAGCCGUCGUCUUCGCUCUACAGCGGUGUCAGCGGCGGAGAGGACGUGUUUGACGCGGUGGAGAAGCCCCCACACGACAACACUCCCUACUCUGAGAGAACAACUGAAAGGCUCUGUACAUACUGCAACUGUGAGAUUCGAGACUGUCCAAAGAUCACUCUGGAACAUCUUGGCAUCUGCUGCCACGAAUAUUGCUUUAAGUGUGGGAUUUGCACUAAACCAAUGGGUGACCUCCUGGAUCAGAUCUUCAUUCACCAGGACACCGUCCACUGUGGGAAAUGCUACGAGAAGCUUUUCUAGGUGGGUGCCGGCACCCCAAAGAUCAA